AUGGCACAGAAGGCUCCAGGCUGGUUUGGAGUUUUCCUCUCUACAACAACCCUAGCCAUUAUUGUGGGGAGUCCGGUCAACGCUCAGCAUUCAGGGGGCCGGUUUCACCAUCCCACCAGGACUUCUGAACCUCUUGUGAGACCAGGCCGUGUUUCAAGGAUUUACCUGACUCCAGAUCAGCUCAGACGGCUGCACUUCAAACCCACCAUAGGCACCAUCAAGCUGUCGGAGGGCCAUGAAGCUAAAUUCAACUGCUCCAUCGACAUCCCCGAUGCCAGGCUGGAGCCCAACAUCCUCUGGUUGAAGAACGGCCAGGACCUGGCAGGAAACUCACAGGUGGUGAUCAACGAGCUCCAGACCAUCACAGACGGAGUCACAACUCUCCUCUCCACUGCCAGCAUUAACCAUGUGCAGCGAGGGGAUGCAGGGGAGUAUCGCUGCAGACUGAGCAUCAACUCCAGAACUGUAGAGUCUCAGCCGAUCACCAUUGAGGUGCAAGGUCUACCAACGUUUAUCCGGCAACCUGAGGACAGAAACGUAACCAGAAACUCACCUUUCACUCUGUCAUGUGAGGCAGUCGGACCCCCAGAUCCUGUUCAAAUCCGCUGGCUCCGUGAUGGAUUACCUGAUAGUGACUUUCAUAACUCUCCCAGCAGCUUCUCUGUGUCAGGUGUGGACAAGUACACACAGUUCAGCUGCGAAGCUUACAACACGAAGGGAGUCACCACCUCCAGAGAAGCAAAUAUCAACAUCAAAGUGCUUCCUGACCCUGUGUCCAACGUUACUGUGACGGCGAGGCAGUCCAAUAAGUUGAUGUUGAGCUGGAGCCCCGGACAUGAUGGUUUCUCUCCACUAACUAUAUGCCACAUCAGGGUUAAAGAGGUGAGUCGGCGGCAAGGGGAGGUGAUGACCACCAGGUUCAUCAACGUCACAGUGCCGCCUUUCCAGAGCGAAAUCCCUGGGCUGCAGGCUAUGACGUGGUACAGCAUGAGUGUUUCCUGUAGCAAUGAGGUGGGGGCUUCUCCCGUCAGCAUGUGGAUCCAGAGCAACACUACAGAGGGAGUGCCAUCAGUGUAUCCCCGAAAUGUCACAGCACAGCUGAAUGAGUCCCGGCUGGUGGUCAGGUGGAAACCUCCACCGGAUGAUAAAAUAAAUGGCAUCCUGAGUGGUUAUGAUGUUAUCGUCAGACACGGCACACAAGUGAACAAGUUCCACAGUAUCAACACCACGGUCCAUGUAGAGCUGCAGGAAUUCAACACAACCUACAGUGUGGAGGUGGCUGCAUGCACGCAGGCAGGGAGCGGCAUGGUCAGCCCACGAGUCUGGCUGUUUGUGCCACAGGACAAAUCAGUGGUGUCCCCGUCGUCCAGCCCUGACACCGCAGUUCCAGACUCUGUCUAUGUUGUGCUGGGUGUGGUGUGCGGCUUCUGUCUUCUGCUGCUUAUCCUCUGGGGGGCUAUCUGUGUACAAAACCGUACUUCUGACUCUUGGUUUGGGCGGCUGUUUGGAGGUGAAGAAAAGCAGCCCACUGUGGUGCAAUACAAACCCCAGAGAUCCUACAAUCGAUCAGCCAUAGGAAUCACACUUGAGAACCUCGGUGUUAGUGAAGAACUCCAGGCCAAACUUCAGGACGUUAUGGUCAUGAGGACCUUGCUCUCCAUUGGGAAGGUUCUUGGAGAGGGUGAAUUUGGCUCGGUGGUGGAGGGACAUUUAAGACAACCAGAUGGAACAUCUGAAAAAGUUGCUGUCAAGACAAUGAAACUGGAUAGCUUUUCUCAAAGGGAGAUUGAAGAGUUCCUGAAUGAGGCAGCCUGCAUGAAAGAUUUCAACCAUCCUAAUGUCAUCAAACUGCUAGGUGUGUGCUUGGAAGUAAGUUCAGGACAUUUUCCCAAGCCCAUGGUCAUCCUGCCUUUCAUGAAAUAUGGAGAUCUACAUAGCUUCCUGCUGCGCUCACGCCUGGGAGAAAGUCCAGUGUUCUUGCCCACUCAGACACUCCUGAAGUUCAUGGUUGACAUCGCUUUGGGUAUGGAAUAUCUCAGCGGUCGUAACUUUCUGCAUCGUGACCUGGCAGCUCGCAACUGCAUGCUGCGUGAUGACAUGACAGUGUGUGUAGCAGACUUCGGGUUAUCCAAGAAGAUCUACAGCGGAGAUUAUUACAGGCAGGGCAGAAUAGCCAAAAUGCCUGUGAAAUGGAUCGCAGUAGAGAGUCUGGCUGACAGAGUUUUUACUGUAAAGAGUGAUGUUUGGGCAUUUGGUGUUACCAUGUGGGAGAUUGCUACACGAGGCAUGACGCCGUACCCUGGCAUCCAGAACCAUGAAAUUUACGACUACCUUCUUGAAGGACAGAGACUGAAGCAGCCGGGAGACUGUUUGGAUGAGCUGUAUGAGAUCAUGUACAGCUGUUGGAGGGCUGAUCCACUGGACCGACCCUUAUUUACCCAACUGCGAGAAAUGUUGGAAAAGCUCGCCGAAAAGCUCCCAGAGUCUUUCAGCAAGGACGACAUCAUCUACAUUAACACCAGCUUUCCUGAAGAGGACCCUGACGGAGAAACACUCCCUGCAGAAUUCCCCUUGUUCAACUCGUCACCUUCCUGCAGCCAUCACGCGGCAGAAAAUUCAGUUGUUACUGCAGACAUUCACGGGAGCCUGGAGGAAGAGAAUGAUGACGAUGAUGAUCGUUACGUGGUGGUGAUCUCCUCUGAUCCUUCCCUCAGAUCUCCUGCAGCGGACACUCCUCUUUUGUCGAGUGAUUCUUUAAGUCAAGCAAAUGGAGACAUGGGUACUGAUGUGACGGCUGUGCAUCACAGCUCAAGUGACACUUCUUUCCUGUUGUAAAGAUCGGUACCAAGCAAAUCAGAUCUGUAAGAAAACUGUCACCAUGGUUCAUCAGUACUAAACAGUAUGCCUCAUUGCACUGGGAGCACCUUGACUUUUCCUGAUGUGAACUUUCUGUAGCAUUGUUACCUAAGCAGUUUAUGCUUUACAUGGCCAGCCUACAUGUCAGUGUUAGGAAUGUUGUCAGACAUGUUUGAGCACAUGUUCCAUAAGCUUAAGAUACACUGAACUGUGAAAUUGUUUACUGUACUGAAUUUUGUGUUGCAAUGUAAAUAUGAAAAUGUACAGAAUAUUUGUAAAGUGAUCUUAUAUACUGUAAAAACACAUGAUUCAUAGAUUUCUUUAAGACCUUAUUAAAUUGAGACUUAUUUCACCAA